UUUUAACCAAACUGGAUUUGUCAUGAAUGCUGAGAAGCCAUUCCCUAUGUUUAUGGGUGAGUUUGGUCUAGACCAAAGAGCUUUCAGCAGAGGUGAUGAACGUUUCUUGGCUUGCUUUUUGGCCUAUGCAGCUGAAUUUGACUUGGAAUGGGUGUUAUGGGCAUGGCAAGGUAGCUCUAUCAUUAUAGAGAAAAUCAAAUUGGUAUGGAGGAGACUUAUGGUGUUAUGGAUUACAAUUGGGACCGUGUUAGAAACCCAGAAUAUCAGAGAAGGAUGGAACUUAUUAAGUUGAAGCUUCAAGACCCAAGUUUAAAAUCUCAGGUAUCCCAUAUAAUGUUUCAUCCACAGAGCGGAACCUGCAUCAAUGCAGACGGUACAGAGAGAAUAUCUGCAGGCGAUUGCAAGGCACCAAGCCAUUGGGUCCAUACCAGAGAUGGGGAUCCGAUCAGGUUGAAGGGAAAAAGACUAUGCAUUAAAGUUGUUAGUGAUGGAUGGGAACCAAUGCUUUCUGAAGAUUGCUCAAGCGAGCAAAGUUCUUGGAAAAGCUUUCCAAGACCAAGUUUCACUUGGCUUCCAUAGAUGAUAAAGGACAACA